AUGGGCCUGGAAUGUAUAGAGAAUACCAAGACUAAAGCAGUGACUUAUGAUGACUUGCAUGUAGACUUCACUUGGGAAGAGUGGACUUUGGUGAAUCCUUCCCAGAAGAAUCUCUACAAAGAUGUAAUGCUGGAGACCUACAGGAACAUCACCACUACAGGAUACAGUUGGGAAGACCAUAAUAAUGAAGAACAUUGUCAAAGUUCUAGAAGACAUGAAAGGCAUAAAAGAACCCAUACUGGAGAGAAACCCUAUGAAUGUAAUCAAUGUGGUAAAAUUUUUUUGUGUAACAAAAUACUUUAA